AUGCGACUCAUCAACACGCAUACUCUGACGCUUGAGGAGUUCAUUGGACGUCGCAUCCCGAGAUACGCUAUUCUCUCGCAUACCUGGGAGGAAGAGGAAGUGAGCUACGAGGAGUACAUCCGCGGAGUUCACACGCGCAAGAAAGGCUACUCUAAGAUACAAAAGACAUGUUGUCUAGCUGCUGCGGAAGGAAUUGGAUAUGCAUGGGUAGAUACCUGCUGUAUCGACAAGCGUAUCAGUGCCGAACUUACUGAAGCGAUCAACUCGAUGUACCUAUGGUACAAGUGUAGCGCCGUGUGUUACGCGUACCUCUCAGAUCUACCGAGGAACGCGCGGCUCGAUAAGCACUUGCAGAAGUGUCGGUGGUUCACACGAGGUUGGACCUUGCAGGAGCUGAUCGCCCCUUGUGAGAUGCACUUCUUCGAUUCGGGAUGGUGCAACUUUGGCACGAAGCGGUCCUUGGUCGAUUCCUUGUCGGCCAUAACACGCAUAAAUUCGUCAUUGUUGCAAGGUCGAACCCCUCUAUCUGGAUUCUCGGUUGCCCAAAGAUUUUCGUGGGCGGCAUCAAGGCAAACCAGCCGUACAGAAGACAUCGCGUAUUGCCUUUUCGGCAUUUUUGAACUAAAUUUGCCCCUCCUGUACGGUGAAGGCAAGAACGCAUUUCGAAGACUACAAGAAGAGAUCAUAAGAACUAUCCUCGACUUGAGUAUAUUCGCGUGGAAAGUUUUACCACUCGACCAAGAUGAUAAUCCCAUGUCCAAGGCGGACUUUGAUCAUGUGUUCGUUCCAAGGACAGGCGACGUGGUUCUUUCAGGCAUCUUCGCAGAAUCUCCCGCCGAAUUCUAUCCCUGUGUGGAUUACGUCAGCUUUCCCGAGGAUGUUCUUGGAGAAGUCUCGAAUUCCAGCAAAGGUAUUAAAAUACAUUCGCGUCUCCUGUUGUGCGCAAAAUUGGGAUUUCAAGAAUGGGACUACGUUCUUCCUUUGAGAUGCAAGUCGCACAAUCGUUGGCUCGGCAUUUACCUACGUCAAGUCGGGUAUCAGGUGUAUCUGCGCGCCGAACCACGGUUACUGUUGCAGUAUUAUGAUCGAGCAUUUUCGACGGGCGAGCUCAGCACCAUCCAGCCCCAGGAAAGACAUCUUCUGCUCAGAAUCCCGAAUGCAUCAGGGUACCAAGACGAUCGCCUAGUUCAAUCGCAUAAAAUUCUUCCACGCGUACGAUCAGAUGUUCUACACAUCCGUUCGCCCGCUCAGCUGUCAAUCAUAGAACCUUGGCCGCUGGCCAAUUUUGACCACCAAGACCGCAUGUUCUCUUUCCGUAAUAAUUCCAGGCACCGGUUCGCUUGUGCAAAGAUCUUCGGCAUCGUCCCUCAUCCUGACGUUACUCGCAGGGGGACGGUGGCCUUUAGUGGCUGGAUAUGUGCUGUCCAUAUGCAAAACAACAACACUUCAUUCGGUAUCUUCGCUUCUACCUUGAGUAACGACAGAAAGAUAAACCAAGUGCUCGGCCUACUAUCCAAGGCGGAUUACCACACGGAACAAAUCAUGACCUUGUUAGACACUUGCGGCAUACCCAUGGUGUCAAGCGCAAUCUGUCCUAUUCUUGGCACUCCAUAUGUUGCAGAGGUAACUGCCCGAUCUUCCGAGACAAGAGACCCUUCAGUAUGCCGAAACAUUUAUAGGCAGAUUACACUGGAUUACCGGAUCACCCUUGGCACAAAACAAUUGUCAAUUUUACGCAAGCAAAAAUGGAUAGAGACUGAACGGCAAAUGCGGCCAGACGCUGCAAGAUUACUAGUUUCAAGCGAUUCCUACUGGCUUCCCGAGCAGCUCUAG